GCUAAGCCCAUUUAGGCCUUGCGCGAACCUCCUGGCGUAGACGCGUGAGGUCGGGUGGCAACCUUGGGAUGGCCCGAACGCGGCCCUAGGACAAUGCAACGCUUGAGGAUGGUUAUAAGGCCCGCAUCGGCCUUUUAGCGCACGCAGCAACUGCGCGCGCGCGGCUUAGGCGGACCCAGUGCGUGGGCACGCGCCAGCGGCCUGCAGCGCGUGUGGCGGGAAAGUGCGGGCCAUCUCAGCCCGGUCUCGAGCUUGCAGCAGCCCAGCAACAACAUGUUACCAGUGGAGUGCGGGGGUGGCGCAGACGAGCUGGCUCCUGCCUCGCCAAGCGCCGCGGCGCGGGUCGCGGGCUGCUGGCCCCUGUCCGCGUUCUCCAGCCCGCGGCGGCCAGCCAAGGCCGGCUCGGUGACCUCGGCCUCAGCGCCGGUGACGCCUGGAGUCGCGAAGGCGUCCGGCAUGAGCGCCGCAGCAGCAGCUGAUGGUGCCGCUGGUGUUACGGACACGUUGGCGGCGCCGAGGAGCUCGGCAGGUCUGCUCUCGCUGCCGGCUGAUGUGCUGCAGCGCGUGCUGGUGGAUACCGCCCACGCUAAUCUGGCGGCGCAGCAGCUGCGCCAGCAGCUGAAGCAGCAGGAAGCUGUGUCUGUAGCUGCGAGCGCUCGCGCAGCUGCAGUAGGCGGCGGCGCAGGAGUGCCGAACGUAGCUGCAGCCAUCGGCGCACCGGUCCAGGCAGCCGGCGAUGCUGUCAUGCCCCUGCGCCCGCAAGAGACCGACACCCACCGCCACUGCCGCCGCAGCUUCCGCUGGCAGUGCCACCAUGUGCCCGCCGCCUCCGCCGCGGCCGCCUGCCGCGGCCUCCGUGACGCCUGGCGCGCGGCGCUGUGUGACCCGUCCGCUAUGGCGCAGCUACUGGUGGCGCGGUGCGGCAGGCGCGGCGUGGCGGCGCUGCACGUUUACGGCAUGCCGGCUGCACGCAUCAGGCCUACGCGUGUUGUGGCGGUGCCGCCACGCAGCGGGUACGUGGUGAUGCAGGAGACGCUGGUGUUCCUGGGGCCGCCGCGCAUCAGCCGAGACGGCCUGGAGGCGUACUGCAUGCUACAGGGGGCGGGGCCUGCCGGCGCCGCCGGCAGCAGCGGCUGCAGCAGUGGACGCAGCAGCACGCGGAACAGCAGUGGGGGCGCUUCUUGCGGCGGUGCCGGGACCAGGAGCAGGGAAGGAGGGGGAAGAGGAGGCGCAGACCCAGCGGGGGAUGAUGUGAAGCAGCCCCAGCGGCAGGGGCAGCGGGAGCCGCGGGCGCAGCUGGGCUGCACCAGCCCCUGCCUGCGCGCACUGCUGCGAGGCCUGCCGCCUGAGCGGCACAACGAGGCUGUCAUGGCGCUGGUGCGUGCGCUGGCGGCGCAAGGCGGACUGGGGGACCUGGAGCUUCCGCCUGCCGGCCCGCCCUGGGGCCAGCCGCCGCUUGCGGACGCGCCUCCCGUUGCAGCUAUCUCCAGGCCACCAACACCACCAGGGCUAGCGCCUGUGCAAGAUGAGAUAAUCUUCCUGCCUGCAGCCGCAUUUGGCCGCGGCCGCGGCUACUAUGCGGCUUUCCGGCCGCAGCUGCAGCCGCCCACACAGCAUGGCCAACAACAGGCCGCAGCCACUGCUGCUACUGCCGGGCGUGUGGGGCGCGGGCCGGCGGCCGCCGCUGCAGCCGCGCUGCUGCGAGGAGCGGCCGCGUGGGACCACGGCGACCUGGUGCGGGCGCUGGUGGGUGCGGGGGCGCCGGCGUUCGCGCUGGCAGAGGGGCUGCUGGGAGCGUGUGAGGGUGGGCACGUGGGCCUGGCGCGCGAGCUGCUGGCUGCGCUGGGCGUGCCAAUGCCGCUCGGGGCCACCACACACACCGGCGCAACGAUGGACGCUACUGCUGGCGAGGGCUCCGGACACCUGCUGGUCUCCGCCGCGCCGCUGCCGCACCCACCGUUACCGCUAGGCCGCCCCGCCUCGCCCGCCAGCCGGGAGCGUCAGGCGGCAUUGCUGGUGGCGCCGCUGGCCGCCGCCAGCCAGGGCCGCUCGGCCGGCCACACGGCGCUGGUGCGGCUGCUGCUGGCCGUGGGUGCUGACCCGCGCGCCGAGCACUCGGAGGCGCUGGCCUGCGCCGCCGCAUGCGGCAACCGCCCGGCCAUGCGGCAGCUACUGGCCGCCGGCGCAGACCCCCGGGCCGCCGGCACCCUACACCCGCUGGUCAGUGCCGCGGAGUUUCUGCGCCUGGGCUCGGUGCUGUCGCUGCUUGCGACCGGCGCCUUCAGCGUGCGGGACCUGGCGGGAGCCGCGCGGAAGCUGCUGAUACCGCCCUUCCUCAGCACCUGCGUGAGCGGCGUGACGCUUGUGAUGUCGUGGCUGCUGGUGGCGGCGCUGCUGCUGGCGGCCUCGGCGCCGCUGGUCAUGGUGUGCGUCCUGGCGUGCCUGUGGAACGGCCUAUGGGUGGUCAGCGCGCUGUCAGUGGUCGCCUAUGGGCUGAUGCUGGCGCUGGGCGCGGCGGCGGUGGGGCUGGUGGCGGGCCUGGCGCUGGCGGCCUGGGGCACCGGCGCGGCGCUUUUCGUGCGCUUCAUCAUCAGGGCGCUGCGGCGGCGCAUGGCGCUGGACAGCGGUCGGGCGGCGGGGCGCUUGGCGGUGCUGGGCCCGACCGGAUCGGUCGCGAUGCUGCUGCAGGUGGACGGGGCGGGGGUGGGAGGCAUGGGGCCGGCGCAGGGCGCGGCAGUGGGCUUGGCCGGCCUGGUGGGUGCGGAGGCGGCGCUGGCUGGCGUUGUGGGCCACAUGUGAGGGGCUGUAAGGACCAAAGGGAAGAAGCGUUAAAGAGGUACAGGGGAGAGGGCGGGAGAGUUACAUGGGAGUCUCGUUAUGGCAGGCAUGAGCGCGCGGGGGAUUGUUUUGAGUGUCGGGAUUGGUGAGCGUGUCUGCGUGUGUGUGCAGGCGCUUCAGGUCACCCGAGGCAGUAGUGAUGCGUACCGUGUACACGUUUGUUGGUAUUCUUUACAGAACAUUGCUUGCGGGAGUUACUUGUGCUGAACAUUGCUUGCGGGAGUUACUUGUGCUGGAUUGAUUGUUUUGCAGGGCAAGGGUAAGAGGGAAAGGCAAGUAGAAUGAGUGGGGUCCGGCCGUUCGGGUUAGCGUGUCGCGUGCAGCCUGAGGCGUCCAGUUGAUGUAAUUGUUAUGCCAUAUCAUGCGACUUUGUAACACAGCACACAA